GAGCAAGUAGAAGGAUUUUUUGCUAAAUAUGAUAUACAAAAUAAAUUUAGGAUUAAUAAAUAUUGGAUAAAACAUAGUAAAUCUGAAGAAGUUCAGAAGAGAACCUUUAUCUGUGAAUUUGGCAAACAUAAGUCUCAAAUAGAAAUUACCACACUAGUUAAUAAGCACAACAAUAAACUAUUGGCAGAAACUCUGAAUUCAAAAUCAA